UUGUGCAAGUUAGUCGAAUCGCGCGAGGCACACGAAACUCGUAACAUCAGCGAUUUCGUGAGUUAAUUUGUUGCCUCGCGACGAACGACUUGUAUCAGUCUCGAUCAAACCGUAGCAAGAGCAGCACGAAAUCGCGAUGCUCGCGUAUCAAGGAAUAUUCCUAGCGGUGACAAUUUCGACGGCGAGCGUCGUGCUCGCCGACGUCCUCGUUCAGCCUGGUUACUAUUACGACAAUAAUCGACACAAUCCGUCGUAUCAACCUGCUGAUCCACAAUACCAGCCGUCGUUUCCGGCCGGGCAAUACUACACGAAACAACUUACGGACCAGCAAUUAAUGCCACAUCCUAGAAGAGGUCAGGUAGUUUAUCCUCAUAACGGGUAUCAAAACUACUAUCGGCCAUACCUCGUGGGACAUCCGGCGUAUCAUCAUCAUCAUCACCACCCCUACGUGGUACCACAUCAUACGCACUACGCAAAAAUCGAAGGACAUGGAUAUGUCCGGCCGUCGAUAUUCCAUGAUUAUUGGCAUCCCGUGAUAGGACACUACCGAUAUAAAAGAUCCCCCGUACAAUCCCAUGACACCACAGUGGAGGAACUCGCCAAACCUGCGCUCGUUAACCAUGAAGUGGCCACGAAGCCGUCCCUAAUGACUACGAAAUAUUCUACGGUUAUCGACUCACAUCUUCAGGAAAACGAGCCUGCCGGUACUGAUAAUAAGCGUUCGGAGGGCAAGCGUCAGAGCAAAAACGAUCACGUUACCACGGGACCGAUGUUAUUCGGCCUCUAUCCACAAAAUAUGCAUCGCGAUUCUCGUCAACUUGGCGCCAUUUCAGAUCCUACGAAACCCUCGAGUGUUUCGAUACGCUCAAGUAUUCACAACAUGCCGAAGUAUCCAAAUGGAAAAUCCAUGAUGAAUUCUGGUACGACGAUUGUGGUGAACCCGAUACAGGAGACGUCAACAACAAUGACCUCUCAGGGAACUGGACCAAAAGAAGAUAAUAAAAAUCAACAGCAGAAUCAGACGCCUCUCACGGAUCCAAAUGAACUCUCGAGUUCGAUUUCGUCGUCGAACAGAGCAUCGGACGAAGAGUCGGUCGGCGCUGCUCGUGAUUACUAUAACCACGGAAAAGUGUUCGAAUGGCCAAUCAUGCCAUCAGAAUUCUAUACACCGCUGCGAUACGGAACAUGGAAUUUGCCAAGUUUGUACAACCCGAUAUACGUGCGAUAUAAGUUCCCCGAUCCUAGGCAGAACUAUGUGUCAAUGAAAUUGGAACCACGCUAUCAGCAGAAUGAGUAUCCGAUAUCGGAUAAGAAAUCUCCACUGAAGUCACGUAAGUACAACAAGGAGCAAUCAAAAACCAACCAGCUGACUGGCGCGUCAAAUCCCAACAACGAUUAUAGAGCGGCGAGUUCCUGCGAUUCCUCUCCAGAUUACUCCGACUAUCGGUCCAUCUACGACGAUCUUAUUCCAGUAGAAAUGCACAAUACAUACGCGCCGGUUACGUAUCCGAUCGAUCUGGACUAUUACACGACUUACCAGAGCAGUGAUACCCAAAUUAACCCGAUGACGAACAUCGUUCAGACCUCGCCGUAUGUGACGCAACUUUUAAACACCUACGAUAACCCGAUGAGUACAAGAUAUGUUUCCGUACCGCAAACUUAUUAUCACCACAAUCCCGCCUUGACCUACGACAACGCGCCGUUCGAAGGUACAUUUUCGUUUCCGAACUAUUAUUAGUGUCAGGCUGCUAUUACAAGUACGACGCGCUGCCCAUCGAUUCGUACCGCGCCUCGCAUCUCGAAGCAACGAGCCGAUUGACCGUAAGAAUUUUUCAUGAUCUAUUUAUCAUAUGUUACGUAUAUCUCUUACGCCAUACACAUAAUUUUAUACACGCGCCCGCCUUUCAUCGAGCUCCGUCCACUCGUUAGUUAGAUUUUCCUCACACAAGGUAAAUGUCCCAAUGACUGAACGAGAAUAAGAAAGCACAAUCAGUUUAACAUUUCUAUGAAUAAAUAAUUAAUAGUAUCAUUAAUGAAAGUAACGUUUCUAUGAAACUAUGGUUUGUUAGCGAUCGAGAAAUAAUAGCAAAGAUAAAAUAAUCAAUAAGUAUUAAUUAUAAUUAUAAGUAUUAAUUAUAAUCUUAACAAGAUAUUAGAUAAUGACGGUUUUAUCAAUAAUUAAACUGGAACAUAAAUCACAUGUUCUAAUUACCGAGUAAAAUUUAAUGACCGAAUAAUCAUGAUUAAAUAAUAUUACAAAUUGGCACAAGGAAAUGUCUUUCUAACAAAAUUUUAAAGGCUCUUUUUUUUAGAAAUAUUAAAUACAAAUAUAUAUUAUUAAAGUUCCAAUUAUUGAAACAUUAUUCAAUUGCUAGGGCAUUUACUUUAUCUUUCUGCAAAUAAAAAUUGCUAUAUUUCAAUUCGAUAUUGAGCUUUAGUAUAAAUUUCGGUAUGCGCUAAUGCUUUAUGUUUAAAUUUUGAUGGCACUGCCAUCAAAUGCAUUGAAUACAUUUUCAAUAUAGACGUAGAUUUCAUUUCGCAUUGUAAAAGUAGUCCCAUUUGGAAUAACUUGCAUUUAGUACAAAGGUAUAUAAAAAAUUACAUUUUCAUAUAAUGUAAUCAAAUUUUUUUAAUACAACUUAACUCUAAUUAGACAUAUAUGUACGCACACGAAGAAGAUAUUGUAGUAAAAAUUGCGUGAAAAUUAAGUUUCUUUUUAUAAUAUUUUGUGCAAAGUUAAACUACAUUAAAUUGCAGCACAAAUUACUAUAGAAACAAUAAGUUGAUAAUUUAUCUAGUAUAUAAUAUAAAAAAUCAAGUAAUUAUAAUAAUUUUGCACUAAAAAGUUAAACGUGUAUAAAAAUCUUUGAACAAAUAUGUAGUAAUUUCGGACAUAAGAUUAUAAAGAAAUUUUGUCAUAACUUACACUGAAAGAAAAAUACAAUUGUUUUUGACGUCAACUAUACUUUUUUUGUGAUUUUAACCACAAAAAUAGUUACAAAAACCAUUGUUUUAAUAAGUGUUAUUAGAAAGAUGAUUCUUCUAAUUAUUUUUUUAGUUAAAAUCACAAAAAGGUAUAGUUGACGCCGGAAGCAACUAUAUUUUUCUUUCAGUAUAUAUUAUAAUAUUUCUUCCAUGUGUAUAAACCAUUUUAAUUUGCGUGUGUAACUGUAUACUAUUCCGAAAUAAAUAUGAUUAAAACAAAA